AUGCUACUGCAACUGCUGCUGCUGCUGCCGGUGCUGCAGAAGCAGCAAUUGUGCCAGGAAAUUGCGCGUCGGGAUCGUCCCAUUGCCACCGCCGUCGUCAAUGCCAACAACACUGCAAACCGCGUCGCCAACAUCGCCGCCGGCGGGCCCCAAGCCCGCGUGCAGCAACAGCGCCUCGGCCAGCUGCGGAUUAUCGGCGCAGCCGAAGCUGAAGCUGCCUUCCCCCUCGCCUGCAUAGGCAGCGAGGCCGGUGGUGGUGGCGGCGGCAUAGGGCCUCGAAGGGCCACAUCUCGCGGCAGCGGCAUUCCGUACAUCUGA